AUGUCAGAAAAUUUCCAAAGUUUACCUUUUUUGGGAAAAGAAAGUACUCUUCAGCCCUCUCUGCCUGUGCGUAGCAACUCUACACACUCAGGAAGGGUGUGCAACAUCUCCAGGGUUUCCACUCCAGCUGUGAGUUUAGCAUGGCUCCUGCCACCAACCACCAGCACUUCUCUCCAGCUGAUCACGGGCAGAACCUACCUUAACCCACAUACUAGCACGACCAUGGUGGUUGAGCUGACUGGCCAGAGCCAGAACUCAACCUCUGCACUCUUCUAUCCAGGUAUUCUCAAGUGGGAUCUCACAGAAAGCAAAGACAGGGGAAAUGCACUCCAGGAAUUCAAUAUGACUACUAUUGACCAGGACACUGCAGUCUCCUCCCUGUCUGUGACAGCCCAAUGUGAUAAAAUUUUAGAUCCCAAUACCAUAACCCCUUUUUAUCCAACACUUUUAACCAGCUUUGUCCAGGUUACACCACCGCAGGUGACAAAUCAAGGAUACAGCCUGGCACCUUCCUACCAGGAUGGCAGCCAGGUGUACUACUACAACCACAACAGCCUGAUCCCCAGAGAAGUAGGACAGUAUCUGCAGCCCUACUGCUCUGUGUCCUACCCUGUGAGUGAGAAGUCUGCCCCUCAACCAGAGAUGGUGAUGGUGGAAAAGAAGAUUCAGCCAAGGAAUCUCCAAAUACCAAUCUCCACCUCUGACUUCUAUUCUGCGUCUGCUCAAAAUAUGCCAGACACCAGUCUUCCAGUGGUGGGCAUGGAGACAUCCCUAGGAUUGCCACCUUCAGGCCAGACAUUCUGUCUGUUACCAAGUCCAGAACUCCGCAAUAUUUCUACCGAGGUUUCCCAGAAGAGGACACCACCUGUCAAUGCGGACAGGUUAUUAACAGCCCCCAAGCACAGUUCUACGGAAUCCCUGGCCUUGCCUCCAGCUCCAAGCCUGGAACAAAGAGAGAAUGAAACCAUGAAUGAGGUCAGAGCUGAGCUGUCGAUGCCUCGGGAUGUCUAUGAGGACACUAAAGAAAACCCAUCACUCCUUCCUUCAGUGCACCCUGACUGCACUGAUACAAGACUAAGACCAAAGUCUGCUUCUGGCGAUGCCAGCUUGGGAGGCAUCAGUGAGGGCCUGAAAGAGCGAGAGGAGCUGGAGAAUGAUAUUGGAUCCAACAUCAGCUUUGAAGACAUCACUACACUUGAGGCAGAUAAACGCUUUCCCCAACUCUUCAAAACCCUCAAAAACAUCAACCAGGACCCUCCCCUUCAGAACUGGAGAGUCACAAGCAACACCUCUGAAAAGGCGAGGAAGAAUAACCUAAAAGCCUCUGACUUGCUUGAUGGAGCUCCUCAGGCCAAAAUCCAGCACCAGGACCUGGUGGAGGGAGAGGGGGCUGUGUGUGUGGCUGGGGCCAGUGACAGAGCUAAUGAAAGCAUGGCAAAGAACCAGAAGGGCAAAGCUCGCAAAGUGGCCCCCAGCAAGAACAGAAGAGUUAGAAAACAGGGGCAGGAAAGACCAAGUGGAUCAGAGAACAACUCUAAGAAACCAGAGGCGCUUAAGCCGUCAAGGAACAGAGUCAAAGGAGAAGAGAAGCCCACCAUCCCCAAAACCAAGAGGAAGAAGAAUCCACCUGAGCUCAGCCCCAACUGCUUCAAGAAGCCUCGAACCAACCUUGGCAUGCACAUGCUGGAGUCCGUGCAGGUCUUCCAUCCACUGGGGAAGAAGAAUGAGAAGAAAACUGGUAUCUCUUCCUUCAGGGGUUUGAGAACCUUCACUAGCAACAAAGAUGUAGGCCCAGGCCCAGCCACCCCAACACUCCUGGAUAUGCCACGUGAGGGCCAGGGCCCUGACAGAAGCCCGGGCCAAGCUCAGAGAGCAGAGACCAGUGCUCACAAAGAGUGUACAUCUCCAAACAAGUACGAACUGCCCCCAGCUGGAAAGGUCAGGUUAGUACCUCUGCCUUUCCCAAUCCUGGACCAGCCUCAAGCCAGAUCUGCUUCUAGAAAGCCUCUCCCUCUGGCUUCACAGAAGUCCACUGCAGCUUAUCCUGUGCAGCCUCACUCCCACUCAGCUCAACCUACCACAAUCAGGCCAGCCCAACCAGCUCCUGUCAGCACAUCUUUGAUGGCCUCUGCCAAGCCAGCUCCUCCAGUUUCCUCCAGUGCCACACAACCUAAUGUAGCCAAUAUCAUACAGUCUAGUGCUGCAUCCCAGUUGGCCACCUCAAGGCCUGUGCCUUACAGAGCAUCAUCUCACACUUCAUUCCAGAGAGGGCUUAUUGCUGCUGCCAAGAACAAGGUGCCAUCACCACCCAAACCUCAAACCCAACAACCACUGCAAGACUUUAGCCGCCAACCAAUUCCAUGGAAGAAAGUUGACAUUCUGGGACCAGUCAUCUCACAGCCCAUCACAAAAGAGCAGAGGCCAGAAAGGGAGGAAAUAAAGAAGCAAGCUCAACAGGAGCGGGAGAAUGCUGCCAAGAACACCUCUUCUGGGAAACUGCAGCUUUUCCUUCAGAGGGAGAAGGAUAUGGAAAUUUCUCAAUAUUAUGGCUAUGUAAUGUAA